AAUAUCAACCUGUUUCCUCCUCCUCCUUCUCCUCCUCCUUCGUGACCUCCUCCUCCUCCUCUUUCUCCUGAGAAACUUCGCCCCGGCAGUGCGGAGCGCUGCUGCGCAGCCGGGGAGGGACGCAGGCAAGGCGGCGGGCAGCGGGAGGCGGUAGCCGGUGCGUCCCCGCGGCUCUCGGCGGAGCCCCGCGCCCGCCGCGCCAUGGCCCGGAGACCCCGGCACAGCAUAUACAGUAGUGACGAGGAUGAUGAAGACAUUGAAAUGUGUGACCAUGACUAUGAUGGGCUGCUUCCCAAGUCUGGAAAGCGUCACUUAGGGAAAACUAGGUGGACCAGGGAAGAGGAUGAAAAACUCAAGAAGCUGGUGGAACAGAAUGGAACAGAUGACUGGAAAGUCAUUGCCAAUUAUCUCCCGAAUCGGACAGACGUGCAGUGCCAACACCGAUGGCAGAAAGUGCUAAACCCUGAACUCAUCAAGGGUCCUUGGACCAAAGAAGAAGAUCAGAGAGUGAUAGAACUUGUACAGAAAUACGGUCCGAAACGUUGGUCUGUUAUUGCCAAGCACUUAAAAGGGAGAAUUGGAAAACAAUGUAGGGAGAGGUGGCAUAACCACUUGAAUCCAGAAGUUAAGAAAACCUCCUGGACAGAAGAGGAAGACAGAAUUAUUUACCAGGCACACAAGAGACUGGGGAACAGAUGGGCAGAAAUCGCAAAGCUACUGCCUGGACGAACUGAUAAUGCUAUCAAGAACCACUGGAAUUCUACAAUGCGUAGGAAGGUGGAACAGGAAGGUUAUCUGCAGGAGUCUUCUAAAGCCAGCCAGCCAACAGUGGCCACAGGCUUCCAGAAAAACAAUCACUUGAUGAGUUUUGCUCAUGCCCCACCUUCAUCUCAACUCCCUCCAACUGGCCAGCCCUCAGUCAGCAAUGACUAUUCCUAUUACCAAAUUUCCGAAGCACAAAACGUCUCCAGUCAUGUUCCAUAUCCUGUAGCUUUACAUGUAAAUAUAGUUAAUGUUCCUCAGCCAGCUGCUGCAGCCAUUCAGAGACACUAUAACGAUGAAGACCCUGAGAAAGAAAAACGAAUAAAGGAAUUAGAGUUGCUCCUAAUGUCAACUGAGAAUGAGCUCAAAGGACAGCAGGCAUUACCCACACAGAACCACACAUGCAGCUACCCAGGGUGGCACAGCACCUCCAUUGUCGACCACACCAGACCUCAUGGAGACAGUGCACCUGUUUCCUGUUUGGGGGAACACCACUCCACUCCAUCUCUGCCAGUGGAUCCCAGCUCCCUACCUGAAGAAAGUGCCUCGCCAGCAAGGUGCAUGAUCGUCCACCAGGGUACCAUUCUGGAUAAUGUUAAGAACCUCUUAGAAGUUGCAGAAACACUCCAAUUUAUAGAUUCUUUUUUAAACACUUCCAGUAACCAUGAAAGCUUAGACUUGGAAACACCUUCUUUAACUUCCACCCCUCUCAAUGGUUACAAAUUGACUGUUACAACACCGUUUCAUAGAGACCAGACUGUGAAAACUCAAAAGGAAAACACCAUGUUUAGAACUCCAGCUAUCAAAAGGUCAAUCCUAGAAAGCUCGCCAAGAACACCCACACCUUUCAAACAUGCACUUGCAGCUCAAGAAAUUAAAUAUGGUCCCCUGAAGAUGCUACCUCAGACAUCGUCUCAUCUAGUAGAAGAUCUACAGGAUGUGAUCAAACAAGAGUCGGAUGAAUCUGGCAUUGUUGCUGAGUUUCAAGAGAAUGGCCCACCUUUACUGAAGAAAAUCAAACAGGAGAAUAUUCUUACAAGCUCUGUUUUAAUGACACCAGUAUCAGAAGAUGAAGACAAUGUUCUCAAAGCAUUUACAGCACCUAAAAACAGGUCCCUGGUGAGUCCCUUGCAGCCUUGUAGCAGCGCCUGGGAACCCACAUCCUGUGGAAAGAUGGAGGAUCAGAUGACGGCUUCCGGUCAGGCUCGCAAAUAUGUGAACGCGUUCUCAGCCCGGACUCUGGUUAUGUGAGACGUUUCCAGAAAAGCAUUAUGAUUUUCAGAACACUUCACGUUGACUUGGGAUAUGUCAUUCCUCGACAUGAAACUUUUCAUGAUUGGGUGAAGAACCUAUUUUUGUUGUGGUACAACAGUUGAGAGCAGCACCAAGUGCAUAAGCGCAUUUAGUUGGAUGAAAUCUUAUUAGAUUUCACUCAACUAAAAGGAUUUUUUUAAAUAAAUAAAUAACGGUCUUACCUAAAUUAUUAGGUAAUGAAUUGUAACCAGUUGUUAUUAUCUUGUGCAGAUUUUUUUUUAAAAGCAUAAAAUGAUUUAUCUGUAUUUUAGAGGAUCCAACAGAUCAGUAUUUUUGCCUAUGAUGAGUUUUUUGAAAUUUUACACAAGAGGUACUCCAGUAUUUCUCUUUUCUCAAAUCACUAAACGUUUGAAUAGAUUUUUUUUUUAAAUCAGUAAAAGCAUUACUAUAAAUGUUGAAAAAUAUCACAGGACAAUAGAGAUUGUUAAUGCUCAUUUAUGGUUCAUAACAUUGGAGGUACAUUAAUUGUACUAAACCAUUUUGAGUUUUUUUAGCUUGCUUUAAAAAUUAUUACUGUAUGAAAUAGUUUUAUAAAAAAUUAUAUUUUUAUUCAGUAAUUUAAUUUUGUAAAUGCCAAAUGAAAAAUGUGUUUUGCUGCUAUGGUCUUAGCCUGUAGACAUGCUGCUAGUGUCAGAGGAGCAGUAGAGCUUGGUUGAAAAGAAAAAAAAAAAAAACUUGGUGUUAGAUAAUUGACUAUGCACUAGUAUUUCAGACCUGUUUUAUUUUUUUAUAUGUAUAAAUUUUUUUUUCCUUUUGUAAUACAUUGGAAAACUUGUUUGGGAGAUUUUGCAUUUGUUGUUGUUGUGUGUGUGUGUGUGUGUUGUUUUUUUUUUUGUAAUUGUUUUUUUUUUAAAAAGCAUGCAUUGCACUUCUUUUUUUGGGAGAUCUAUGUUGUCAAUGUCCUAUGUUUUGUUUUGAUUUCAACCCCUGACUGUUCUUUAAUUCAGGGAUUCUGAGUUCCAUCAACAUCCCCCCGGGAUUUCUAAGUGUAUGGUUUUGGAACUGCCUCACAGAUACUACGUUUGCAGCUGGGGGAGACAAAGACGGAGGUCAAUAGUCAGUUUCUGCCUUAAGAACAUUCAGUGCAAGAUGGCCAGCACUGAACUUUUGAUAUGACAGUGUACUUACUGCCUUGUAGCAAAAUAAAGCUGUGCCCUUAUUUUACCUAC